UUGCCACCUUAGGAAACAUUUAGGGAAACAUGUUUCCUCGUCUAGCCAGGGCCUAAGUCCCCAUUCAUAGUCCCUCAUUAAAACACCGCUGACCAGCUGACAUUCACAAUGUGCGCAGUAGACCUUGCAAAUGAGUUGCAAAUCUAGUAUUAUAAAAACAACAAAAGUGCAGUCGGUUUUAACAUGUAUUCCAGCCAAUUGCAAUCUUUUUUAGUGCAUUACAAUUUACGUCGACUGACAGGAAUAGUUCUCGUAGCAAGUACAAUCAUUAUUUGGACGUUUAAUAACUUUACAAUCGGAUCAUUCAAUUUACGAUCAUAUCUACAACCACAACACGUUGAUGAUCGUAUUCGCGUCAUCCAUUAUGAGCUACAGAGGACGAAGAAACGGCUAGAAGACCCGAAGCACGCUAAGACAUUGGGCGAAUAUUCACUUAGUUCCAGCAAGCAAUUUAAGGUAGUUCUGGGUUAUACAGCAUUUUUCCACGAGAAACCAUGGGGUUGGAUGAACGGGACGAAAAGAUUCAACCAUUGGGAAGGAAUAGCUUGUCCUUUCUUCCACUGCGAAUUAGUUUUCGAUAACAAAAAGUUUCGUAGCGCGGAUGCUGUUUUAUUCCACGCUAAAGACAUGCCUGGCCGUGUCGAAAUGUAUCGAAUAUACAAACAAAAGCCCAAAGAGCAAAAGUGGAUCUACUUUGCUCUAGAGCCCCCAACGUUUAACCCUGACUCAAAAUGGCUGAACAACCUAUUCCACUGGACGCUAACCUAUCGCAGAGAUUCAGAUUUUUAUUCUCCUUACGGAUACUACUAUAGACCUACGAAUGGAGUCAAAGACGCUGAUGGAAUUAUAAACAAGAUGAUGAGAAGAAAAGACCGUUUUGUAAUGUGGGCUUCUAGUCACUGUGCACUUCCCAGAGAAAAAUUUAUCAAAAAAUUAAUGAGUUUUAUAACUGUUGAUGUUUAUGGAAAGUGUGCGAGUUUUGUGGGGGUUAAAAGUCCAGGCGAAUGUAAACUUGAUGCUCCUGAGUGUAAUCGGCUUAGACAGCGAUAUAAAUUCCAGUUAAGCUUUGAGAAUUCAAACUGCAAAGAUUAUAUAACAGAGAAAUACUGGAACGCUUUGCAGUUAGGAAUAGUGCCAGUCGUGCUCGGCGGUGCUAACUACAGCAACCCCGAGUUAGCUAUCCCUGGAUCGUACAUCAAUGCAUUGGACUUCAAAAGUGUUAAAAAACUAGCAGAAUAUUUGAAAUACCUUGAUCAUAACGAUAAAGAGUAUAGGAAGUAUUUUGAGUGGAGAAAACUGUAUAAGAGAAUCGUUUAUGCACCCUGGACGUGUACACUGUGUGCAGCAUUGAAUAUGAAUACGAAGAAAACCUAUAUCAGUCGGUUGAGUGACUUUUGGAGCGUCAACAAACAAUGUGGUAUUACAGACAAUGCUAUGAAUAAAAUUAUAGAUGCUGAGUAAAAUAUAUAUAGCUCAACUGGCACGUUUUUAUGCUUAUUAGCAGUUUUGAACACCCAUUUUUUGCGAAAGAAAUUAAGAAAAUGAAGUGGAUUAAGAAAGAAUUCGGGAGUUUUCAACUUUUGAGGAAAAAGGGAUUGUUUUGUUUGUAUUCUAUCUAAGCAUAUAAAUAUAAUAA